CAGUUAGCACGCUGAUUUACAAACGUCUCAGUGAGGAGGCGCCACUCUGUGUACCUCAUCCCACGAUUUGUAGAUCAGUGGUGUCAGACACUCAGCAGCGCUCACUUGCGGUGAAACCGAAGGUCACUCCUUCUCUGCAACUUCUUGUCUACAGGAAUACGGACUCGUCCUGUAACUAUAUCACAACGCAAUGGACAAUUUUGAAAAUUUCAGUGCGUCGGACAAAGCAGAGGCGGCGGAGCUGCAGCGUAUGAUCGCGAUAGAGCAGCAGAAGGCGCAGUUCCAGGCCCAGGUGCACACCUUCACUGACGUCUGCUGGGACAAGUGUGUGGACAGUCCAGGAUCCAAGCUGGACUACCGGACAGAGACGUGCCUGGUGAGCUGUGUGGAGCGGUUCAUCGACACCACCCUGACCAUCACCAACCGCUUCACGCAGAUGGUGCAGAAGGGUGCUCAUUAAUAAUGGACAUUAAGAUGCCAGCCGGACUGUCUAAUGACAUCAAUAUAAAUAUUUAGUGUUUAAACAUUCUGAUGGAAGAUAAUGUGAAGAAGAUAUGUUUUUUACUGAAUAUGCUUUCGAUUUCUGCUUCUGGAAGAUUACAUUUAAAACAUGGGAACUCUAAAGGGCGGUAGCUGCAAGAUGUACUUGUUUGGGAUGAGGUCACAUAAGUAAAAUGGCACAUUGUGUGUUUGUUCAACAUUCUAUCUAUAAUCCUUAUGUCAUUAACACAAUGAAACAGACUUCAGUGUCCCAAUCACUGUGUUAACCAUGUUAACCGAUCUUGGUUCAGUGUUGAGUUGGAGUUUUCACUUCCGAGGAGAAAAAAUAAUGACAUUGUACAAGGUUUUAACGGAUGAGAUUUUAUUCUUUUCUCCAGAAAGUCACCCACAAUAACAUUGUUUUCAUAUACAUGUUUAUUAAAUGAUAAAUAAAUAGUGAAACACA